ACCCGAUUGGCGAUCAGUUCACUAGCAAUCGUACAACGGUUCGGAUCGGUUAUUUACGGACAGAACAGAACACAUCAAUAGCUAUUUGUUCAUAUUCUUAACAAGAACAAUCAGAAAGAUAAAGAAGAAAAAGUGAAAGGACAAAGUGUCGAAUACACGAUGAUUUCGGAAAUAUUUAACACCGUACACAAGGCUCGCUUUAGCGGCAUUAGAAUUGUUCCAGUGAACGCUCCGUCCUUGUACCAGGAGUGCGUGAAAGUGUUUGUGGCCGAGGUAAAUCGUACAAACAAAAAUGGAAAACGCAUUUCGGAGCUGCAAUUCCUUCCGACGGCGGCGCUUGUAAACAUCUUCGAGGAAAUGUGCAAAUAUCCGACGCUGAGAACGUUUCUUCGUGAGGCGUUGUCGGACCCAGUGCUCUUCAUGAGAAUUUACACCGGGCACAACACCAAUCAGCUAACCGUGGACCAGUGUCUGCGGGAGGCUAACCUAAGCGGAAAGCCGGUUCUACCGGAUUUGGCCGCAAAUUACUGUGAUAUGGCUCGUAAAGAUCCACUGGAGGCUGGAUCUCCGGCGUUUAUGAGUCGCAUUCUAGGCGCGCUGAAGUUGGGCACCUAUCUGCACGAAGCCGGUUGGUCAAAGUCUAGCGUUGGCGUGCUAAACGUAGCAAAAGACAUGAUCUCAUUGAUUAGGAACAAUCGAUUCCAUAAAAAGCUCGAACUGGAUUGCAUUCAGCAGUUGCUACGAGCGGAGGGAGGCUGCAUGGCCUCAAAGGCCGACCAAACGUGUGAUACGUUACUUUCAUUGAUCGCCAACGUUACAGACGUUAAUAUUCUAGUCAAGACGUACCUACAGGUGGCAAACCACCACUACCGCGCUCAGCGCUUCGAUGAGUGCCAUGAAUGGGCACUUAAAACGAUGAAUCUCAUCACCGACUCAACUCCGAUCGAAGACAUCAUCGAGGUACUUCAGCUGGGUGCACUUUUUUGCUUCUCCAAGGAACGUUUCGACCUUGGCAGCAUGCUAAUCAGUCAGGCUAUACAGCGAGCUCGUUCGCACUGCGGAAAUCAUCAGAGUCGCCUUUAUGCGGAUGUCCUCCAGACCUACGGCCAGUGUCUGCUGAAAAUGGAUGCCAUUUCUGCUGCCGUCUCGACAUUCAUGGAACUGCUGGAUGUAAUUACCAAGCUGUACGGAAAGUUAACCCCUCACGUUCCAAUCAUCCAAGGAUAUCUGGCGUACGGCUUUUACAUGCGGUCGCAGACUACCGGCCGUUUCGACAUGGCCUUGGAUCAGAUUGAUCAAGCAAUCUCUUUGGCGAAACAACUGAUUCCAUCCAACGGGCAAGUCAUUGAUAAUUUCGGUCAGAUUCGUGCGUCGAUCUUGAAGGGUCACGAUAGUGUUGUAGCUGCAACCAAAGAACGAAAGCCGAUGGGGCUAGGCAGUUAUCAGAACUUUAGGUUUGCGGAGAUUCGUGAUAAAUAUUUCGAACUGAAUGCUUCUUUCUAGAGUAGUGCCAUUGAUAAAAUGAAAUAAUCGCUUAUGUUAAGCUACACUAUGCAAAAUUAAAUUGUUAAAGUUUAAGUAAUUGUACAAAUAAUAAAGUGUGUUUAAUAAUCAGAA